AUGGAAGCUCAGGGUAGCAAAUCUUGGAUCCUUGCGAAUCAGGUUCCGCGGCUACGGCAAAGUGAUUGGCCAAUUCGGACAGCUUCAAUCCAUCUAUGUCAACGCGCUCAGGGGAAUCUCAGGUCAGGGGCGACAUCGCGCCGGAGGGACUUGGAGCAACAGUCGUUCUCUUUUACCGAUGUUGACGCUAAGAUGAGCCUGCUGACCUGGUUGCGGAGGCUGUACUCCUUGGAUAUCCUCGACACUCGCUUUACAGUCUCAGCGACGACGCCUCCGAACCUCGCAGCAAGCCAGAAUCACACUCGGACUCAAGAUGCGGCAACCUCAAAACAACCAAAGAAUGGCGCCUCUCCGCCUCGAUGGAACACACCCGAGUUCUAUAUAUACUAUGUCGUUUUUAUUGUGGCCGUCCCACUGAUGUUCAAGACUGCCAUUGAUGUCUCUCAGGAAUCCCACCCAACUUACUCAAAGUACUCGGAACUCCUCUCUCCCGGAUGGAUACCUGGCCGCAAGGUGGACAAUUCGGAUGCGCAAUAUGCUAGUUUUCGGGACAACGUUCGUUAUAUGGCCAUCUUAGUCGUUUUCCAUCCGCUACUUCGCCGGCUCUACAAUAUCCUUUUCCCCUGCAAAUCGUCGGUCUCUUCUUCAAGCAAAGGCAACUUCGCUUCAGGUCAGACCGCAGCUGCCGCCCGAUCACGAUUUGAACAACGAGUAUCGUUUGAUUACUGGUUUUCAUUGGUUUUCCUGGCCGUCCUCCACGGAUUCUCUGCGCUCAAGGUUCUGGGGAUACUUUUCAUCAAUUUCAAUAUCGCGAAAAGGUUUCCACGGUCUUACAUUCCCGCGGCAACUUGGAUAUUCAAUAUUGGUAUCCUGUUUGCGAACGAACUGUUGCAUGGAUACAAGUAUACAAGCAUCGCCACAUCUAUCGGCUCUGCACUUGGCCUAGGCGAUGAUGGUAAUCUUCUCACUUGGGGGAAGUGGCUGGAUAGUUGGGGUGGGCUCGUUUCGCGAUGGGAAGUCCUCUUCAACAUAACCGUUCUCCGCCUAAUAAGUUUUAAUUUGGACUAUUACUGGAGCCUAGACAAUCGCGCUGGAAGUCCAGUUGAGAAGAAGCAACUCGAUCCUUCAAAUCUGUCGGAGCGUGAUCGCAUAGCCACUCCUGCUGACCCGGCAUAUUUCAAUCUUAGGAACUACUUUUCUUAUGCCCUCUAUUCGCCCCUUUACCUUGCUGGGCCCAUCCUUACAUUCAAUGAUUACAUUCACCAACAACAUUACCAAUUACACUCAAUAUCGAAAAUUCGCACUUUGUUAUAUGGCAUUCGGUUUCUUCUCACACUGCUCUGCAUGGAACUGAUCCUUCAUUACAUUUACGUCGUCGCAAUUUCCAAAUCCUCCCCGGACUGGUCCGUCUAUACCCCUUUCCAACUCAGCAUGCUCGGAUACUUCAAUCUCCACAUUAUUUGGCUCAAGCUUCUGAUUCCAUGGCGAUUCUUCCGUCUAUGGGCGUUGAUUGACGGAAUUGACCCCCCUGAAAACAUGCUGGCACCGCUCAUUCAAUCGAUGGGUGGUACGAUACCUCUAUGUUCCACUUGGGGGCAGCCGAAGCGAAAACAAUCGCAAUCCUCUCGUAUCUAA